AUGAAAUAUUUAGAUACUAUACUAUAUUGUGUUUUAUUAUCAAUUAUAAGUUAUCAUUUGGUGAUUUCACCAUAUACAAAAGUUGAAGAAUCAUUUAAUAUUCAAGCAACUCAUGAUGUUUUAAAAUAUGGGUUUGAUUUUGAAAAAUUUGAUCAUAAUGAAUUUCCCGGGGUUGUACCAAGAACAUUUAUAGGUAGUUUAUUUAUUUCAUUACUUGCUAAACCAUUUACUUAUAUAUAUGAUGGUAUUGAUUUACAAUUGUUAGUUAGAGGUAUACUUGGACUUUUAAACUUUUCACAAUUGGUCAAACUUGCGUCAAUUAAUAAGAAGUCGAAAAUUUGGUAUUUAAUUUUAUUAUGUUCACAAUUUCAUAUAUUGUAUUAUAGUACAAGAACAUUACCCAAUUUUAUUGCAUUACCAUUAGUUAACCAUUCCAUUGCAAAAUUAUUAAAAGGUGAUUUAUCUGGUUUGACUUGGUUAGCAUUCACGGGGAUAAUUUUUAGAUUAGAAGUUGGUGUAUUUGCUACUAUUUAUGCUGUUUUAUUAAUGUUAUAUACUGAGCCACCAGUUAUAAUAAUUUAUUUAAUUGCAGGUACAAUAAUCGGUGGUUUAUUUUCAGUUGUCGUUGAUUCAUUUUAUUGGCAAAAAUUAUUGAUACCGGAAUUACAUUCAUUUAUAUUUAAUAUAGUGGAAGGUAAAUCAGUAGAAUGGGGAACAGAACCUUAUCUUAGAUAUUUUAACAAGUAUUUGAUUCAAUUAUUUAGACCACCUAUUAUAUUAGCAUUAUGUCCACCUGGAUUAGUUAAUUGUUCAAAUAGAUUAAGAUUAUUAUUUAUAAGUUCAAUUAUUUAUAUUUUGGUAAUGUCAUUUCAACCACAUAAAGAAUGGAGGUUUAUCAUAUAUGUGGUUCCAAUAUUCACAUUGACUGCAGCUACUGGAUUAUUAAACAUUGCAAAAAAAUGGAACGAAAGUUUACUGAAUAAAUUAUUGUUAUUAAUUGUGUUAGGUAUUAUAGGUGGCACUAGUGUCUUAUCAUUAUUUAUGGGUUAUGUUUCUAGUUUUAAUUAUCCAGGUGGUGAAGCAUUACAAUUUUUAAAUUCAUAUGUUAAUGAAUCAGCUAAUGUUCAUUUGGAUGUUGCUUCUUGUAUGACUGGUAUAACAAGAUUUGGACAAUCAAAUGAAUUAAUAAAUUAUAAUAAAACAGAAAGUGAAAUAGAUUAUAAAGAUUUUGAUUAUUUGAUAAGUUCAAAGAAAUUAGAAUUCGAAAAAUUAUAUACAGCUAAGCUAUUUAAACAAUUAUCAUUUAGAGAUCCUUAUAUAAUUACAGAAGAUUAUAUUUACGUUUAUAAAGUUGAUUAA